AUGAAGUGGACGUGCAAUGUCAGUUUCCUCAUCGCACGCUCCUGGCACGGCGAGUUUCUAUCGACUCCUCAACCGGAAGACGGGCCUUUCGCAUCACCAUUUUGCUUCAAGGCGUCAUCGAGUAACUCUUCCAGCCUGAAUUCGCAGGGACUAAACCGCGGUGUUGUCGACCCUUGUCAACAAUCCGUCGAAUCACUUCCUGGGCGGGAUUCGAAGAGCAUAGUCAUCAAACAUCUCACCAGGAGACCAGUCGAGAGCAUCUUGGUUGGGGCUGAGAAAGUUUCAGUCUCGAGGGAUUCGGGGUUUUAUGUCACUGAAGCGGUAAGACGAUAUCCAUGGGGAGACCUGAUCUUUGGGACAAAGGUCGAGAUCGGCCCCUUAGACCAACCCAGGCUGCGCGGGGCGUCGUUUCGUUCCCGUCUCUGUCCCGCCUACAAUGCUUCGACCAAUACGAGCAUUGAAAUUUCGAAUCAGAGCGGAGAACCAUCAAACCACAUGGAGUCCCACUGGAUCACCAUUCUGUUUCUGCCUCCUCUAGGAGGCCGAGGGCGUCGUGACGAAAGAUGUCGAGAUACCCAUUGA